CCAUUUUUAAAGAGAUCAGUAGCCGAUUGACUAUUGCUCAGUGUACAUCAAUUGUUUUUAUUUAACAAAAAGUACUUCUGACAGCAUACAAUAAAAAAGAUUAAAGAAAAAAAAAAAUAAGAAGAAAAAGAUAAAAUUGAAACCAUAUAAAAAGUAAAAUAAUUAACAACAAAAAUGUCUACGCCGUAUUCAUCUGGCGGGCUCUCCAAGCUUAAGAAAAAACACUUUCGUGUUAAGCAUCAAAAGGUCAAGCUAUUUCGUGCCAACGAGCCACUCCUAAGUGUUUUUAUGUGGGGUGUCAAUCACACUAUAAAUGAGCUAAGUCACGUAAAUAUACCAGUUAUGCUGCUACCAGAUGAUUUUAGGGCUUACAGCAAAUUAAAAGUCGAUAAUCAUCUAUUUAAUAAAGAAAAUAUGCCAUCACAUUUUAAAAUAAAAGAGUAUUGCCCAUUGGUAUUCAGAAAUUUGCGUGAGAGAUUUGGUAUCGAUGAUGUUGAUUACAAGGAAUCAAUGACCAGAUGUCGUGUGUUUAAUCCGUCGCGAGGUUUGGGUCGAUUGAAAAAACGAGAAAAUGCUGGUGAAAAUAUUAAUAGGCCACCAAAUUCAAAUCCCAGGAUACAUCAAUUGGUACAGAGAUCCGCAACAGCUCCUACUAUAACAGUACCGUCAACAGCAACUUCUGCAACCGCGCAAACACAAUUACCCCAUAUCAAUAAGCCGCAACGUACCUACAGUUUUAAACCAAAACGUCUGAGAUCCCAGCCAACACUAGACGACUCGUCUGGAAAAAGUGGUGCUAAGUUUUAUCAAUCUUAUGAUAAAUUAUUUAUAAUAAAAACAUUAACCAGCGAGGAAGUAGAGAGAAUGCAUUCAUUUUUGAAACACUACCAUCCAUAUAUUGUAGAAAGACAUGGAAAGACUUUAUUGCCACAGUAUUUAGGAAUGUAUCGUUUAACUGUUGACGGUGUCGAGCAUUACGUAGUUUCAAUAAGAAAUGUAUUUUCAAACCAUUUAACCACGCACAAGAAGUUUGAUCUCAAGGGUUCAACGGUCGAUCGCGAAGCAUCUGAUAAAGAGAAAGAAAAAGAUUUGCCAACAUACAAAGACAAUGACUUCGUUAAAGAAGGAAUGAAGAUUUAUAUCGGCGAUGAAGCGAAGACUAAAUUAAUUGAAACAUUAACAGCCGAUGUCGAUUUUCUUACAAGAUUACAUUUGAUGGAUUAUUCAUUACUGCUGGGAUUACAUGACUGCGCAAGAGCUGAACAGGAGAACAGAGAGCGAGCUGAGCGCGGUGAAGAUGAAGACAACCACGAAGACGAAGAAGACAGCGAGUCUGGGAGUGGAAUCGAUUCCCGGGGACCUACAGCCGAUCGAACUUGGGGCUGGAGUGGAGUUGCCGCAAUGACAACGCCUCCAGAAUCACCACACGCCGGAUUAAUGAGGGAAAUGAGUCUUCAGUACGAGGGAGCGAUAAUUCCUGAGCUAGAUAUUUAUGCAAUUCCUAGUGCAGAAGGAGCUCCAAAUAAAGAAAUAUAUUUUCUUGCUAUAAUUGACGUGCUGACCCACUAUGGAGUAAGAAAACAAGCGGCCAAAGCAGCUAAAACUGUUAAGUACGGUUCUAAUGUCGACGGGAUUUCGACUUGUGAUCCAGAGCAGUAUGGCAAACGAUUUAUUGAAUUCAUGAGUAAGGCCAUUGAAUAAAUAAUUUAAAAUAUUAUUUUGAAAUGAGUCUUAUUAUUAGUAUUUAAGUAAAAUUGAAUCAAACGAACGUUAACAUCCCGUCGAUUGGUUUAAAUUAUUUUUUUUUUAUCGAUACAAAAGCUCUGACUAAAGAUAAAUUUUAUUAUUAUUAUUUUUCUUUGCGUUUUAUUACAUGCGCACUACAUUGUCAUUUUCUAUAUCAUGUUAAUUACUGUCAAGUGAUUUACUUCUUUUUUUUUAUUUAUUUUUUUAUAGUGUAAUAAAAACAACGCGCAAAUAGAUAAUAACUCAGAAUCAAAAUAAAUUAAUUGUACAACACGCGAAAUGAUCUAAAGAAAGCGUAAUUUUAAAGGAAUAUUUAAAAAGUUAAAUAUUAAAACUUUAAUAAUAAUAAUAAUAAUAAUAAUAAUAAUAAAUUAUAAAUAAAUAAAAGUAAACAGAAAUACUAAUCAUUUUUAUAAUUAAAUUGACAUUAAACUUGAUGUAAUUAUUAUUAAUUUUAAAUACUUUAAGGUCUCUAUCUAGUCUCGUAAAUUUAAAAAUUAUUUUUGCUAAUUUUUUUUUCUUUUUUUUGUUAACCAAUCAAAUAAAUUUACUUUAGUACGCGUACUGGAAUUUGGUUAUGUUUUUAAAUAAGGACGCCAUUUUGAGAGUGCAACUCCGGCCAUUUUGUUUAAAACAAUAGUUUUAUUUUUUUGCAAUUUAAUGAAAUUGUUAGUGAACAAUUUAAAUUUAUUGAAAAUUAUAAAUUUUUCUUUCACUAAAUGCCGCUCAGAGAUUUAAAAUUUUGUAUGCUCUUAUUGCCAUUUCAAAUAUUUAAAAUUAAUGCAUAAAAAAAAAUGCUCAAUAAUUUAAAAACUUAAAGUUUUUAUAUAAUUUUUUUUCAUGUUGAAAAUUUCAAAAUUUAUGUAACUUUAUUUUUAUCAAUAAAUAUCACACUAAAGAAAUACAUAUUAAAUUUAUAAUUA